AGUUCCUGCCUAUUAAAAACGCAUCUGAUUCUCCAUUCUUCCUUCCCCUUCUCUCUCACUACCUACUCCUAACAAACAACAAUGAGCUUCUUCAUCGAAGAUUCUGGUCUCAUCGUCACACAACUUCUCUACCAAAUGGCGGUCUUAAUCACCCUCUUGAGAUGGAUCUUUACUUGGAUCUUACGCUACCGAUCCAGAUCUACCUCCUCCUCUUCUUCAUCUACUCCUCCGAUCUCGUCACAAACCAUCAAAGAGAGCCUCGCCGUGACGACGUUCCGUGACGCCGCGGAUCGGUCUCCGGAACUGAUCAGCGACACUUGCGCGGUGUGUCUUGGAGAUCUGGAAGACGGAGACGAGGUGAGAGAGCUCAGAAACUGUAGCCACGUGUUCCACCGAGAGUGUAUCGACAGGUGGCUGGACUACGAGUGCUGCGGCGGAGAUGAUAACGACGGCGAGGAAGAUAACCACCGCACGUGUCCUCUUUGUAGAACUCCGCUUCUUGCUGCUAAUACGUCGUCGUGUGCGGAUUGGCCGGUUAAGAACGAACCUAGCUGGGCCGUUGAGCGGCUUCUCUACCUCUUCGGAGAUGAUCUUCUUGUCUGACUUUUUAUUUUAUUUUUCUUUCGAUAUUUAUUUGAUUUUAGUGGAGAUUGAAAUUAGUUGGUCAAGUUUUGUAAAUUGGGAAUUUAAAGGGUAGAAUAGCAUAUAUAAUAAUAUAUCAAUUUUAAACAUAUUUUCUUUGUGAA